UGAAUUAACAUAUCACAGAUUUUUGUUUUUAUUGCAUUUUGGAAAAUAUCCUAACUUUUCUGGAAAUGGGGUUUGUAAGUUAGCUUCCCCCGCUUCCCAGCAUCUUGAGGAAUUGCUUUUUUAGUAGCAAAGUAAUGCAGACAUAAAAUCACCGGGCAAGGUUUCAUCUCCACUGAAGGCUUCAAUCUAUCUUUGGAGGAGCUUCGAGUAUCUCACUAAAAAGUGAGUAUGGCAUAUUCAUAAAAAACUGUAGUGGCUCACCGGUUUCCAUGUUUUCAGGCAAGCCCAGUAUGCGUUAAUUCAUCCUACGACUUCUGCUUUCCAGAUCAAUCGUUUUCUUCUUAGUUCUCAAUAAUUUUGAAGUAACCUCAACAAUUUUCUUUUCCAUAGUAGAUACCUUUAAUUCUUGUUCUUUAAUCACUUGAUUCACUGUCUAAUGUUCUCUUCCGAAUCUAUUAGUGUCCUUUUUAAGUGUAUGAUAUUGAAAUUCCAGAUUCCUGGACAGCAGAGACAGUAUUUUCAAGCUUUUCAUUAGCAUUCGUCAGUUUAUCAAUCUUAGCGUCCACCAUUCCGAUCUUGGUGUUAAUAUCUUGCAUCAAAGAAAACAUUCUUUCUGAAGUAGAGACUUCCUCUGCCUCCUUUGUUUGUUCAGCUUCGGAAACAAUUUUGCCAUUAAUUCAAUCCCAGUUCGGGUUCCAGCCAUCAUAAUUAAAUCAUAAGUCAUUCACUAAAAGUAAUAAAUCUUCAAAGUUUAGACAAAACUAGCAGUGGAAAGCAAGUUGUAAAAGGAAGGAGUAGCGCCAUCAGGCGUCUUACUCCAUGGGCUACCAAGAGGAGACUCCCCAGUGUUUCAAAUUGUCCCCAGGUGUAACCUAUCUUCAACAGGAAUCCCAAAGACCCUCAUCCCUGGGAAAGGUGUUUCUGUAGCACUCGGUUUUUUAUGAAAUGAGGUUGCUAGUCCCAUGCCCAACCUUCCUCCUUUCACAGCCAGGGUUUCUUUAUCAAUCUUUUUAUUUUACAGCCAGGCUUGGGACCAUCCAAGGCAGAGUUCAAGAUAAGCCUACUGUGCCCAAUAUGUUGGGCCUUGUGCAUAGGCAUGGGAGUUAGUCAGCACGAAUCAUGAGUUGCCACUGGUUCAGUUCGGCCAAAUCUAAUGUACUAGCAAGGAGUGCAAAAUUAUCAAGGACUUCCUCAAACAUUUUUUUUAGUGAAAAGAUUGCUGCUUUUGUGUGGAGUGCCACAGUUAUGAUUUUCAUCAAGGCUGUGUCAGGUGUAUCACAACGGUUAUGUUGGUUUGACAAGAUGUGCUUUAUGGUCGCUGUUUAACAUUCUACUGUUCCACAGCUGAGGAAGAAUUAAUAGGCAAAGUAACUAUCAUCAUUCUUGCCUUAUCCAGUCAAACUAGAACAUCUCAGCUCUGACGCGUAUGCUAUUUGUUUAGAGAUGCAGCAUGGAACAGGUCCUACCGGCCCAAUGAGCCACGCUGCCCAGCAACCCACUGAUUUAACCCUAGCCUAAUCAUGAGACAAUUUGCAAUGACCAAUUAACCUCCUAACCAGAACAUCUUUGGACUGUGGAAGGAAACUGGAGCACCUCAAACUCCACUGCCUUAAGCUGUGCUUACUGCUACACUACCGUGGAGGAAUGGAGGAAAUAUUUGAUCAAGCUUGAUUGGAACAACUGAAUGGAAAUGGUGUCACUAAGAUCCCUGAUGUCUGUUGCUUCCCUCAACUGAUCUUUUUGAUUUCUUCAAAGACAGGGUUCUGCUUAAACUACUGAAUUGUAAUUGUCUCUCUUCUCUUUUACCCUUUAUACCAUUGGUGUUUAGGGCAGUAAUAAAGGUCCUCCAUCUCUGGCGCUGUUCACAGCCUCUUUCAUCGUGUCAGUAGCUGCCACCCCCAACCUCAGUUUUCUCUGUUGUCAGUCAUGUAAGUCUUAAGGCUGAUUUAUACUUGUGAGUAUGGGCUAUGCCGUAACCCUGAGUUUUCACUUCUGCAUCGUUCUACGUUGUAGCAAGCAUGUGUUGCUGUGUGCCAAAACGCUAGUCGGUGUUGGGGUUUCUAUGCCACUGUGUUGAGUUUCUUUGUGAGAGACAUGGAUGAGGAAAUGCAUUUCAAACACUUUCACAUGUUGGCAGGUAGAUUUGACAAUUUGGUUCAUCUAUUUUGUAUUGGUGUACGCACAGCCUACAGACAUGGCAGAGAAGAAGCAACCGGAAAUGUGUAGGAGGAAAUGCGAUGCUACCAAGCGGGCCAAUCACAGUUGUUGCGGUCUGCACCACCACAACGCUCCGAUUAGCUGCUGCCAUGGUAGUGCGUCAGGGGUUGGAGGAUGUGAAGUAUUUUCUUACCGACAGGCCACCGCUGGUUGUGUUUAUUCUGUGCAUCAGUUCUUUGGCAGUCGCUUUCUUCAGUUUAGGCAUCUAUAUCCAGUCACAUGAAAUCACAAACCCUGAUGUGCCUCAGAUCUGGAAUACAGUCCUUCAGUCUCUUAGUAAACUGAAAUUCUGUCAAUUUAAAAAUAAAAGUUUGGAAGCUCUCCCUGCCCUUGUUGGGCAUGGUUCCAUAAGGAGGCGACCAGACCCUGACCCAUUAGCUCAUACCACUACAGGACAGCCUUCAACUGUUGUUUCUACACCAAGUGCACCAGUCAGUGUCUCCCUGCUGGUGCCAAUGAGCUUUGACUUAAAGGAGCCAUACAAAAGAUUUUAUAGCAAUGUAACUUUUCUCCAGGCUGUGGUAACUGGAAGUCUGCUAGGGCUAAGAGAUUCUAAGGCAAAGGAACUGAUUAACAUCAUGCUCAUGUCACAAUGGACACCUGAACAUUACCUUUCACAAGUAAAUUCCACAAAUACCGAGAAUCACCUUAGCUGUAUCACAAUGACUGCAGCUGCACAUGUUCUCCCUCAAGAAAGAUAUUUUCCUUCCUGUAACUUGGAGAAUCUCACCAAUACAUCUUUGUACCAGAUCACAUUGGCAGAGAGCUCUGAGAAGGCAUCUUCACAAAGUCACACUUCUGUUCAGUGCUACGUGGCACAGUACAAACCUGAACCUAAUUUUACCAUUCUGCUUUUGGAGGAAGACCGUAUUCUCUGCAGUCGGCAUUUACUAAAUGCCAGUUAUAUUCUAAUUCUACUGGCUGUCGUUAUCUUCUUUGUAUCUGUGGCAUGUGGAAUGAGAAAAAAGCCAAGGCACAAAGCAACAAAUCUAUAUAAGAACAUUGUCCCAGAAGCGUUGUAGAACAUACAGAUGGCCUUUUGCAAACUUGAGAUGUGCAGCAAUGUCGUUUUUCUGGAGAGCAUUGGCUUCUUCUGUGAUGUCCUUUCAUGAAUACCAUUUUGUUCAGUGCUUUUCUUACAGUGGACACAUGAACAGAGACUUAAACAAGUUCCAAGAUUUCUGCAGGUCUUUUACUGUUAUCCGUGGGUUCUUUUUCACCUCCUUCAGCAUUGUAUGUUCUGUUCUUGGUGCAAUCUUUGCAGGAUGCCCUCUCCUAAGGAGAUUAGCAACAAUACUGAGUUUACUCCAUUUGUAGACCAUUUCUCUUGCUGUUGACCGAUGAACACUCAGGUUUUUAGAAAUGUUUUUUUAGCCUUUUCCAGCUUCAUGUAUCUACAAUUCUUCUACGGUCCACUGAAAGUUGUUUUGAUCUAGGCAUAAUGCCAAUAAAUAGAUCUUUCCAGAGAAGAGUCAGUAACCUGACUUUGUGUCACUUCUGCAAGCCACCUCUACAACCCAUACCUCCAAUCUCAUCUCAUUGAUUGGAACCCCUGACUCCAUAUAGCUUUUUAGAGGGUAUUACCCCAGAGAUUCAUUUGGAUAAUUUUUCUCAAUAAAUAAGCAAACAAGUAUAAUGUUCUUUUUGUGUUAUUUAUUUAAUUGGGUUCUCUUUAUCUAGUUUUAGGACUUGGGUGAAGAUUGCAUUUUAGUUCAUAUUUAUGCAGAAAUAUAGAAAAUUCUACAGGGUUCACAAACUUUCUAGCACCACUGUAUGUUCUGUGAUAUUAUUUGUAAUGAGCUCUGAAUUAAUGCAGGCAAGUGGGAUUAAUAUCGAUCAAGGGUUCCCAAUCUGAGGUCUUCAGACCCCUUACUUAAUGUUAUUAGUUCAUGAGAUAAAAAUGGUUGGGAAACCGUGGUAAAGAUAGAUAUAAUGAUCAGCAUAGAUCAAGUGGGCCAAAGGGCCCAUUUCAAUGCUUUAUAACUCUACAAUUGUUUAAAGGCCUUAUUAGUUUGUGUUUUAAGGUUAUAAUGAUUUUGUAUGUUAUUGAGAGCAUUUUAAACUUCUAUUAUGCUUGUGCCAAUUGUACAGCACAGUUAACAAAAAUAUCCAGUUCUACCAAACAAAUUGUAGGUCUCUCUAUUCCAGUAUGUUUCGAAGGUUGUAGCUGCAUUUUCCUUUGAUGAGCUCUGUUAUGGAGGAAAUAAGGAUGCUAGAGUUGUCUGCUGCAUCCAUUGUCAGAAAAAUAAAUUGAACAUGUUCUUUUUCAAAUGUUUUACCUCUCAUUUGCAAUCCUCUGAAUCAAUAGAUAGAUGAGAAUGUGUUAGCCCUCAUUUUUCUCACCCUUCAUUGCAUGUACCAACCUUCUUGAAAGAUGUGCAGGAGAGAUACCAGAGGGUAGCUUAUCUGAUGGAACUACACUACAGCAUGUUAAUGGCCUGGAGGUUUGGCACGUGCCACAUAAUGUACUACAUGACUCAAUUUUACCAUAAUCUCUAGUAUACAGUAUUCACUAUCAUUUUUGACAUUAGAUUUGGGUCUUUGGUGGGGAUGACAUGCACAGCUGGGCAUAUGGAUCAAAUCAUGUUCAUGGCACAGUUGGACAUGAUUUGUAGCAUAUUCUUUUGUUGGUAUGGUGCCUUAGCAUUGAAACAGGUCUUUACUGAAUUGUUGAGAUUCUCUUCAGUGUUAAAUGGGAGGGAACCUAUGUUACUUGAUCUGUUGUGGGUUUCCAGUUCAUUAACCUUUCCAUUUCUUCUUGGUAGGUUCUCCCAAUUACAAAUGUUACCAGAGUUCCCAGUUGCCCCUCUUAAUGACUGCUGUCCCAAUUACUCAGUCACUGAUCCCAAGCCAGGAUAUUCUCCUACUUUCUGCUCAAACUUUGGUGUGCCAAAUCUUAUUUCCAUCAAGUCAUGUACUCAUCUAGACAUGGUACAUUUUGUAGCGUGGUUUCUUUAGAAAUGGUGUGAUUGUCUUGACAUUCAUGAGAGUAUUUCCUAUGUUUUUCUAUA